AUGGCGAUGAGGUUUCUCGGCGUCAGUCAGAGAGGAAUUCUACGAGUAUCUGUGGCCGUGCAUACGAGGGCGAUAAAUACUGAUGUGGAUAGAGGUCUCCGUUUCACCUUUGUGUACACUUAUCCACCCACCAUGAAGACGCGGGUCCUCAUCAGCCCCGCCCAUCAGCCCAUGGCACUAACCUCCCUCGUACUCACACUCCUCCUUGGUGCGUCCUGCGCCUUCGCCCUGGCUCUCCCGACCGCCGAUCUCGAAACAGCUUCGAGUGAGGUGCGAGCGAAGCGGUACUUCGGUCGGCCGGAUGGAAUUAAUGAUUAUUUCGAAUUCGGUGGAGUCUUCGAUGCCAAUAGCAACAAUUUCGGCAACAGGGAUGAUUUUGCGGGGAAGCCGGAUCGAAAUGUUCUUACGGUGUAUGAGACGCUCACCGUCACUCACACUGAUUACCAGAAGCUGGAACUGACGAAAACGCAGACUGAAACGAGUAUUAGUUACGUCACGCAUCAAAGCACUGAGUACAUCACACAGAUAAGCCCGAAGUGGAUUUCACAAGUAGAAGGAAAUAGUGGCUUUGACAAUAGAGGAGAGGAAAAGAGGGUCAAUUACAUCUCUUCAUCACCUCUUGCGUGCAUUCCAUCUGACUGUGGACAGUUGUGUUUAGUGCAUUCCUCCAUAUCUCUAGGUCAUCCGUUAACUGUCCAUUACCAAGGCAUCAGGGAAACGAGUUAA